UGUUGCAUUGUGCUAAUCAUAAUAUGACAGAAGGAACAGAAGAAAUCAAGAAAAAGCUCGUUAUCGUUACGAUGUAAAAGAUAUUAAAAUAUUUUUUUAUUAAUGUAGAAUGCUUAAUUUUUUGAAUAUUUGAAAUACAUGUACCAUAUAGUAAUAGUUAUACCAUAUUCUUAUUUAAUUAUUACCUAUAAGCCACGUAGCAAAAGAAUCGGUAUAUAACAACGUAACAAUAAGUGUCACUAUUAUUCUCCAAGAUCUAUUAUUUACAAAUAAUUUUGUAUGUUAAUCAGCAAUUUGUCCCUGUUAAAAGUCAUAUAACAUUUUAAGGUUAAUAUUAAACUAGAAACUUUGAACAUGGUUAUCAAGCAUCACAUAAAUGGUUACGCAAAUUUCAUAACAUUUAUAAAAAAUUUUAAAACGAAUAAUCCAACUUUUAUUUUAUAUAUGGGUUCUGAAAUGGCAGAUGGAAACAGUUGGUGUCCUGAUUGUGUUAAAGCUCAUCCAUUUAUAGAAAAGGGAAUACAGUCGGCUCCUGGAACAUAUCAUUAUAUUAUUGUCUCGGUUGGUGAUAGGGCUUUUUGGAAAAAUAGUAAAUGUCCUUUUCGAACAAAUUCUGAAAUUCACAUACAAACUUUGCCAACGCUUGUAAAAUGGGGAACGCAAAAACGUUUAGAAGGUGAUCAAUUAUUAAAUAAUGAUCUAAUUGAAAUGCUAUUAGCAGAGGAUGAUAAUUAAAAAAUACAUUUUAUACUAUUAUAUAUAU